GAGAGAGAGAGAGAGAGAGGAGAGAGAGAGGAGAGAGAGAGGGAGACGAGAGAGAGAGGGAGACGAGGGGGAAUGAGAGAGAGUGUGUGAAAGAGAGAGAGAGAAAUAAAGAGGAGAAAGAGGAGAGAGAGGAGCUGAUUGCUUCUUCUAUUGACAAACGCAACACACACACAACACACACACACACACACUCUGAGAGGACUCCCAACACAACACACACACACACACUCUGAGAGGACUCCCAACAGAACACACAACACACACACUCUGAGAGGACUCCCAACAGAACACACACACACUCUGAGAGGACUCCCAACACAAGACACUUUGCUGGAUCCUGGAGCUUGGAGCUUAGUAUUGGUGUAUCGGAGUGUGUGUGUACUGUGGUACUGCUGUGUGUGUGAGGGUGAGAGAAGAGUGUCUUUCUAAAGACACCCUGAUGAAAAACAGAGCCGGGUUUUCAGGCAGAGUCCCUGUGUGAUCCUCCGCAUAUCUACCCUGGGGGACCCACCGCGCACCGCCGCCGCCUGUCAUCUCCACGACAACUAGAAUGGGCUGCAAUUUGUGCUCUUUACAGAAACGGGAGGAACACUACAAGCUGCUGUAUGAGAUUUCCCAGGUGAAUGGCAGGGACUACUCCAAGGCCAGCCAUGACGAGAUGGUGGAGGUCAUCAGAAGAGACCCCAUCGUGGUGCAGGUCGUCCGUCGCCAUGGCAACCCCGCCCACUCACACCAAACAUUACAGGAAGUUCACGUGGUGGACGUGUGCACGCAGACGGACAUCACUUUUGAACACAUCAUGGCCCUGGCUAAGCUGAGGCCUGCUACUCCACCUGUACCCGACAUCUGCCCCUUUCUGCUGUCAGACAGCUGUCACUCCAUCCACACCAUGGAGCAUGAAUUCUACGAGUGUCCAGAGUACCUCUCCAACACCCCAGCUGAAGUGGACAGGCCAGAGGAGUUUGAGUAUGAGCAGGUAGAGCUCUGUCGGCUCAACAGUCAGGAGAAGUUGGGUCUGACGCUGUGCUAUCGGACUGACGAUGAAGAGGAUACAGCUAUCUACGUCAGCCACGUAAGAACCACCACCACCAUCAGCAUCCUUAGGAGCCAUGGGCCCAAUUCAGACUUAGGAAAUGGCCAAGGAGAUCGAAUAUUACAGAUCAAUGGCUGUGACGUACAGGACAGGCAGGAAGCUUUCACUCUCCUGUCCAAUGAGGAGUCCAGGAGUAUCGUUCUCCUGGUGACCAGACCAGAGGAGGCGUGGCUGGAUGAGGAGCACAAUGAACUCCUAGAGGAGCUGAAGAUGGAGAUCCUUGAGGAGAGGAGGAACGAGGAGGUGCAGAAGACAGGAGGAGGAGAGGAGCAGGCCAAGCAGCUGGAGGAGGAUGACGUCAUGACAGACACGGCCACGUGUUCCUCCAAUACUCAGGACAAAGACAGCGGCUUGGGGACGGGGCGCAACGAGGAGAGCUCCGAACAGGAAGUCCUCCUGGCCUGUGUCCACCGGAGGCCUGCCCAGGGCCUGAGAGACCGAUGGAGGGCCAAGCAUGGCCAGGGGCUGGGCAAGAGGGUGGUGGUACCCUCGGACACCCAGGGACCCAGGGGUCUGAUCCAAGCCCAGGAGGGUGAGGGUAGAGUGGGGUUAGGACUGGAGUGUGACAGCCGCUUCAAGCAGCUCCUGGAGCUCAAGUGCCAGAUCCGUAACAGCGGGGAGUGUGGUGUGUACUAUAGCAGGAGAAGCACCAUCGAGUGCAGCCUGACGGAGCAGAGCGGGGUGGGGGUCAGUGGUGGUGGAGGGAUGGAACAGGAGCUGAGGAUGUUGAAUGAUGAGCUGAGGAGUAUCGAGCUGGAGUGUCAGAGCAUCAUGCAGGCCCACCAGCUCCGCAAGAACCAAAGGGAUCCCCCCUGCACCCCGAUCUGCUCCCCAGGACGAAGCCCCAAACAUGGGCGCGAGCAGCAUGCCAAGCUGGCCGAUAUCAACGAGCAUCCAGGGGAGAGGCAGUGGGACAGCGACAAGCUAAGGGGGGACAAGGACAGCUCCAGUGCCUAUAACACGGCUGAGAGCGCCAGGUCCACUCCUCUAGGCAUGGAGAGAUCCCCAGACCACUCUCUACAGAGACGCAUCAGCCUCACCAACCAGAAGAACCUCCGGAGCACCAUGGCAGCCUCCGGCCAGUCCAUCUCCAUCCCCAUCCCAGACAGAGAGCUCAUGAGUGAGACCUCGACCGGGCCCACCACACACAGCCGACAGGAUCCCAACCCCAGCCCUGGAACCACGGUCAUCUCCAGCAGCCCCGACCAGUCCAACCCUUCCCCCUCCGAGUCAGACCCGGCCCUGCCUGCAGACGACGAGCGCUGCGACCGCACCAGGAGCCACCGGGGGCCACGCAGGGUCCCUCCCUACCCGUCCCCUUACCACACAGCCCCCCAGCAGGGCGCCUCUCCAGCCCACGCCAGACACCUUCAGAGCUACAUGCAGCAGCUCCUCCAGCAGACCUCCAGUCUGGAGACCUACUCCCAGUCCCAGCUCAGCCUCCUCAGCGUCUGCCGGGACCGCUCCACCCGCCCGGGGGAACCACGCCUCGAAUGGAAGGUCAAAGUUCGAGCCGACGGGACGAAGUAUGUAGCCCGGCGACCGGCGAGGGACCGGAUUCUACGAGAACGGGCGCUGAGGAUCAGGGAGGAGCGUAGUGGAGGGAUGACCACGGACGAUGACACUAUGUCCGAGAUGAAGAUGGGGCGGUACUGGAGUAAAGAGGAGAGAAAGCAGCAGCUGGCCAGAGCCAGGGAGCAGAGGAGGAGGAGGGAGUACAUGCAGAGGAGCCGGCUGGAGUGUCUCAGAGAGGGCCCUGGGAGCGGGGCCGAGGGCCGUAAAGAGGUCAACAUCCUGGAACUCAGCCACAAGAAGAUGAUGAAGAAACGCAACAAGAAGAUCCUGGAUAACUGGAUGACCAUCCAGGAACUAAUGAGUCACGGGGCCAGAGCACCUGAGGACCAGGGGUCUAAACAAGUACACAAUGCCUUCCUGUCUGUUACUACAGUAUAGGACCACAGCUCCGGGUAGAAGUUUCCCUGUACACACAGAUCUAGGAUUAUUUAAAACUACCCGGGUCGGGCAUUAACCAUUUGGACGAUAAUGAAAAAGUGACCUCAGAGCAGUGUCUAGGGACAACUUUGCCUCAUCUCUCUCUCUCUCUCUCUCUCUCAUCGCGUCCAUGCGGUAUGACCUUACUUGCCUCGUUCAAUGUGGCAUUUUUUAUAAUGGGGAAAAUCCUAUAUUUUUCACACUUUGUAAACUCAAUAACAUUUUGUAAAAUGUUUUUUUUUUACACUGGUUGUCGAUGCACUGUGAAAUGUUUUCUGCAGUUGCCCAUGUAUGAUGUCAUGAAACAUGUUUCUAUCUUAAUCAGAAUUCUCUGUAAACCACAUCAUCAUCAUCAAGUCAAAGACAUCGUGGUACAUUGUCAUGUUUGCAUUGUUUAUCCAGCAUGGCAGUGAUUAACUGUAGUGGUCAGAAAUGUACCAUACACCUGAGAACAGACACUUGACUCUUGUGCAGAAUCCUCCUUGUCUUUCACUGAGGAUCGACCAUAUAACUGCACAACCCUCUAAGACCCAUUCAAUAUGCCAAGCUGCCUUGCGAGUCAAGACACCACUAAAUCUCUGAAGGAGCUUUCAGAAUUUCUGAAAAUGUCAACUCAGAGUUCUCUUGGAAAAUUCUGAAGUCCUGAGAAUGUCAAUAAUUCAGUGGUGUCUCAGAGGCUUUCAGUUUCCCAGUUUAAAAUAGUCUUGAAGUAGGGGUUCACUAGUCAACAGUUUCUCAGUUUAAAACAGUCUUGAAGGAAGGGUUCACUAGUCAACAGUUUCUCAGUUUAAAACAGUCUUGAAGGAAGGGUUCACUAGUCAACAGUUUCUCAGUUUAAAAUAGUCUUGAAGUAGGGGUUCACUAGUCAACAGUUUCUCAGUUUAAAAUAGUCUUGAAGUAGGGGUUCACUAGUCAACAGUUUCUCAGUUUAAAAUAGUCUUGAAGGAAGGGUUCACUAGUCAACAGUUUCUCAGUUUAAAAUAGUCUUGAAGUAGGGGUUCACUAGUCAACAGUUUCUCAGUUUAAAACAGUCUUGAAGGAAGGGUUCACUAGUCAACAGUUUCUCAGUUUAAAAUAGUCUUGAAGUAGGGGUUCACUAGUCAACAGUUUCUCAGUUUAAAAUAGUCUUGAAGGAAGGGUUCACUAGUCAACAGUUUCUCAGUUUAAAAUAGUCUUGAAGUAGGGGUUCACUAGUCAACAGUUUCUCAGUUUAAAACAGUCUUGAAGGAAGGGUUCACUAGUCAACAGUUUCUCAGUUUAAAACAGUCUUGAAGGAAAGGUUCACUAGUCAACAGUUUCUCAGUUUAAAACAGUCUUGAAGGAAGGGUUCACUAGUCAACAGUUUCUCAGUUUAAAACAGUCUUGAAGGAAGGGUUCACUAGUCAACAGUUUCUCAGUUUAAAACAGUCUUGAAGGAAGGGUUCACUAGUCAACAGUUUCUCAGUUUAAAAUAGUCUUGAAGUAGGGGUUCACUAGUCAACAGUUUCUCAGUUUAAAAUAGUCUUGAAGUAGGGGUUCACUAGUCAACAGUUUCUCAGUUUAAAACAGUCUUGAAGGAAGGGUUCACUAGUCAACAGUUUCUCAGUUUAAAAUAGUCUUGAAGUAGGGGUUCACUAGUCAACAGUUUCUCAGUUUAAAAUAGUCUUGAAGGAAGGGUUCACUAGUCAACAGUUUCUCAGUUUAAAAUAGUCUUGAAGUAGGGGUUCACUAGUCAACAGUUUCUCAGUUUAAAACAGUCUUGAAGGAAGGGUUCACUAGUCAACAGUUUCUCAGUUUAAAAUAGUCUUGAAGGAAGGGUUCACUAGUCAACAGUUUCUCAGUUUAAAAUAGUCUUGAAGGAAGGGUUCACUAGUCAACAGUUUCUCAGUUUAAAACAGUCUUGAAGGAAGGGUUCACUAGUCAACAGUUUUCCCCCAACAUCUCAUUGCAAAAGUGAUCUCAAUGUUUCUCAUCAAUGGUAAAUCAGUAUCACCAAUGAAAAAAGUGCAUUUCUUACUGAUUAAAUAAUUAAUUAAAGUGAUUUGAUUGUUCCAUGAAUACAUUAAAUGUCAUUUAUAAAUACAAAACAUAUUUAUUAUUUUUUAUUGAUUAUUUUCAAUUAUUGUACAUUUAUUAGUCUAUUCUGCAUAUUUUCGGACCUGUCUGAAGAUCUCUUUGUGUUGUCAAAAAUAACACAAGUUAUUGUCUCUAACGUAUUAUAUUUCACCUAAACAGUCCGUUCUGGCAUUUGGUGGCGCUUCAAACGGUGCUUUUCAUUGUACACUGCUCUUCUAUCUUUGCUCAGUGUUUAUCGUCUUCUUUCAAGUAAUCGGUAGUUGGUAACUUCAUAGGCAGGUCAAUGUGUGCUAAUUGUGAUAUUUGCAAAGGAAAUGUGAAUAAAUUAUUGUUUAUCUUUAUG